UCUAGCGUUCUAGGUUGACGUCGCAGCUAUACCUCCUCGGUGGCACAGUCGAUACCCAACCGGGAUUCUCCAGCUGAUCUGCACGUGAGUCGCGCCUGUCCCGGUGGCCCGUCGUCUUCGAUCUAGCUGCCCCGCGUGGUAAUGUGUCAAGUGUGAAGUGCCUGGAAGAAUGGUGGAAGACGCGAAACUCGUUCCCCAGAAGGUCGAUUUGAUCAAUCAGAAGAACCACCACAAUGGGUCGCUGCCCAAGACGGACGCGACCCACAGGCCCCCAGCCGAUGGGGGUUCGAGGGCAUGGAUAGUGAUGCUGGGCUCGUUUUUCUGUAACGGGAUCCUCUUCGGCGUCAUCAACUCCUACGGGGUGCUCUACAACGAGUUUCAUGAUAAUCUUGAAAGAAGGAAUGUCACCAAUGCCUCUGGGAAAGCGGCACUAGUCGGCUCGUUCGCAAUGGGGACAACGUUCUUUAUUUCUCCGGUAUCCGGAGUCCUAACAGAUUACAUAGGAAUAAGAAAAACUACCUUCCUGGGUGGAGCCAUCGCUUCUGGCGGCAUGUUCCUGUCCUCGUUCUUUGUGGACAACAUCGUCGCGCUCUGCAUUACUUACGGCAUCAUGUACGGACUAGGGGGUGCUUUGGCCUACACCCCCUCCCUGGCAGUGCUGGGACACUACUUCAAGAGAUACCUAGGCAUAGUGAACGGCUUCGUGACUGCAGGAAGCUCCGUCUUCACCAUAGCCAUGCCUUACUUCAUAGGCUUCCUGCUGAAAUAUCUGGGAGUAGUUUGGACGUUAAGGGUGUUGGCGAUGAUAUCCGGUUUAAUCAUGAUUUGCGCGUUUCUGUUUAAACCGGUGAAGUACAACGUUUCUAGUAAAAAGAUCUCCUUUAGGGAUGUGUGCAAUUUAACUGUUAUCACUAAUACCAAGUAUAUUAUUUGGACUAGUGUUAUAGCCAUUUCCUUGUUUGGCUAUUUCGUUCCGUACGUGUACAUGUUGAAAUUCGUGGAGCAAAACUUUCCCAAGGGUUCCGACACUAAGCUUCCUAUUUUGUGCAUAGGAAUCACCUCUGGAAUCGGAAGAUUAAUUUUUGGAUACGUUGCUGAUAUGCCGAGGGUCAAUCGUAUAUAUCUCCAGCAGCUAUCUUUCUUAAGCAUAGGAGCUCUGACCAUUCUAUUACCAUUCACCGGUGGCUACUACGGCUGGUUAAUCGUUAUGGUACUGGGAAUGGGGCUCUUCGAUGGAUGCUUCAUCUCAUUACUUGGACCUAUAGCUUUUGACAUUUGCGGUAGAGAAGGAGCAACACAAGCCAUAGGAUUCUUGCUAGGAGUGUGUUCCAUUCCUUUAACCAUUGGACCUUACGUUGCGGGAGUUAUUCUGGACAGCCUCAACAGCUUUACUAUACCGCUAAUUUUGGCUGGCAUACCCCCUGUUAUCGGUUCUGUGGCUAUGUUCGCGAUAAAAUGCGUGAGGAGAAAAAGGACUGGCGGUAGCGUUGAAGAAAAUCUUAGGAACCAGUCUUUAGAGAAUCACAAACUUAAUCCGUCAGAGACGGUGGACAAGGAGGAAGAAGAAGAUUUGUAGCGUAAUUUAAAUUAAAUACACACUUAGUUGCAGGAUAUGUAGUAGUUUUUUUGCUUUUAGCUAUUCUGCUAGCUAUACUAGUUUGUUUGUAUGUAGAGACGGUUUUAUUUAAUUUUGUAAUUUUGUAAUGUUAAUAUUGCAUUUAUUUUGUAAUUUUAUAUAUGUUCCCUUAAGUAU